AUGGCAGGAAGGAUGGAUACUAGUUUUAGUUUGCCCAUUUCGGACUCUGAAGUUAUGAUGAUGAACCGGAGCAAGAAAUCUCAUCGCCGUUCUCAGUCCUAUGAUUCAGCCGAUUCUUCGAAGGACGGAAGUUGCAAAUCCGGGAGAAUGCGACGAAAAAUGCAUUGGUCCAUGAAGGACUUGUUGGUAUCUACGACAUUGGGUAGGAUUGAAAAUGAAUCGGUGGGGAGUGCUGAACAUACCUGUGCCACAGAAACAACCGUGCACAGUCCAAUCUCACUUUCUCAGAGCAACCACAACUCCAACAAGCCCCGGAACGACAAGAAAGAUGCAGAUGAGCUUGAACCCCUGUUGAGAAGCACGCACGCUUAUCCGAAGAACGCCGCCAACAACAAGGACAAGCGAAGGAAGUAUCAAACAGCCCCUCAUAGGGUUGCAAGACUGCAUAUUCAUCCUCUGGGAGGAAGAGCCCAUGGAAGCUCCGGGCCAAAACCAAAGCUGUUGGCUCCGCCUCGUCGUCCCUCGUUUGGUUCCCGACAAAAGCUCAUUCCUCGCAUUUCACACGCAUUGAUUGACCCACUAAACAACAGUCGGUCUCUGACCCCAAUAUCCUUGAAAAGUGAGACACGUGAAAGCAGACGUCCACAAUCACCAUCGAUGCCGAUCACACACGAGCUCUUUGAGCAAAGCUCGAGCAGUGCGACAACCCUUACACCCAUUUCACCAACAAAACUCUCCUUUAGUGACCUCGACAGUGCCUCCUCGGCAGACAUGGAGUACCAGUACGGUAUCGAUAUCUUUGCUGUGGAAACCGACUACAAUGAGUUGUCGCCUCUGUCCAAAAGCACUCUGUCUCAAAGCAAUGAAAUCUCGGUAGUUCUUUUUCCAGCCGAAGACAGCCAGAGCCAUUGCGCGGCCUCCCCAUUGACUCCCAGUCCGACAAUGAGUUCACCACCCGUUCGGCAAGGUGAACGAAAGCCUCGCCCUCGUGUUCUGGAACGCAUUCUGUCAGAGAGUAACUUUGCAGGUCACAACAUCAACAGCAUCAAGCCCCAGAAACAGGACUCUGGGAAGACCCUGAAUACGGAACGGACAGCAGAGAUAUCCGAAACCCUAAGUGCCGAACCGCUAUUCGCUCUCAGUUCUGAUGAUGAUACUUUGUAUACAUGUACUGCCGCGACGGGCACCCCCUCAAGUAAGCAGCGAUCUCAAACAACUCCAAGUGAACCUUUCAAGUCGUUGCUGUGUCCAGACACCGAUACACCUACUCCACCAAAGUCUCAGCAACCAAAGCCAGCCCUACGAAAGUCCGUGCCAGUUGAUGUGGACGAUGUUCGCUUUGUCGACGUAGAAGGAAACAUGGAAGCGAUAGGCGAGCUCGUAGACGACUGCCUAGAACGGGGUGACUACGAAGAAGCCAUUGUACUGCUCAAGGAAAUUCUGCGUGGCAAUGUCGAAAUGAAUGGAUACGAGCAUGAAUCAGUGGCACUGACUUUCCACAACAUUGCAUCCGUGCAACUGAAACGAAAGAGGUUCGCCAAGGCACUACAGGCAGGGCAGAAUGCGGUACACCUCAGAAAGCGUCUCCUUGGAGAGAUCCACUUGGACACUGCUUCGAGCCUAGUCCUCGUUGGACUUGCGUACUUCGAGUUCAAGAAGUACGAGUCUGCGUUCAAGUCUUUUCAGGAAGCCUGGUGCAUUCGAAGAGAUUCCCCUGGACCAAGUAACGACAAGCUUGCGAAGGUACUCAACAACGUGGCCUGUUCGUUGAAGGCAAUGGGACGGCUUGAUGACGCCAUGGUGAUCCUGAAUGAUGCUGUUCAGUUACAGCGAAGGCUUCUUGCGUCGAUUGCAAGAGGCGACAACGAAGUAUGUCAAACGACUACGGUGGAUCAGCUAUCACUGUCCAUGUUCUCCACUUUGUCAAACAUCUGCAGCGUGAAAAUUUCGCUCGGACGAUUCGACGAGGCAUUAGACUCAUUAGAAGAGGCUUAUGAUAUUCAAUCUUCCACUCUUGGUGAAGACCAUCCCCAAGUUGAAGAAACUAGAAAGGCAAUUGCCUUCGUUUGCGAGAAGAGGAGCAUGCUUGACCCAUCCAAAUCUAUCGAAUCAUCUGCCAACAAUAAAAGCAAUUCUUCGACUCUGGCGUCUAGUCACCAGACGGAAAACACAUCCUGCGAAACUCGACUCUCAUCAGAUGCGCUUGAGGUGGUUCGACUCGCCCUGUGA